AUAUAUAAGCUAAACUAGACUGGCGUGCCUCAGCAAAGCUGCCUUGAGUCUUGGGAAGCAUCUUUCCUUAAAGGAGUACGACACAUCAAUAGCACCAGCCAUGAUGAUGCUAAGAGUAGAAGAGCUGGUAACAGGCAAGAAGGCAGAUGGCAGAGAAACUGGAGAUUUCCUUCUAGAGGGUUUCAAAAAUGGAGAAUAUGAAGCUGCUGUGAGAUUAGAAAAACAAGAAGAUUUGAAGACGCUUACAGAUCACUCCUUCACACGGCGCAAUAUGACCUACAAAGAAGAAAAAGAACUAGAAGCACAGCUGAAGAAGAAGAAACUAGAGGAGAGACCAAAACUUGAAAACUUGGAAGAUCUUGAAAAAAUCAUCCAACUGAAGAAAAGGAAAAAAUACAAAAAAGUCAAAGUGCCUAUUUUAAAGGAACCGGAACAAGAAGUUAUAACAGGCCCUGUCGACAUUCCUAUGUUUUUAAAGGCUGCCUUGGAAAACAAGAUGCUAGUCAUUGAAAAAUAUUUAUCAGACAAAGGGGAUCCAGAUGCUUGUGAUGAGUACAAACGCACAGCAUUACAUCGAGCAUGCUCAGAAGGACACCUGGCGGUGGUGGAAAAGUUAGUAGAAGCUGGAGCCCAACUUGAAUUCCAAGAUAUGCUUGAAUCAACAGCUAUUCAUUGGACAUGUCGUGGUGGAAGUCUGGAAGUCCUGAAGUACUUGCUAAACAAAGGAAUAAACAGAAAUGCCAGAGACAAGUUGCUCAGCACACCUCUGCACGUGGCAGUGAGAACUGGCCAGUAUGACUGUGGAGAACACCUCAUUGCCUGUGAAGCAGAUCUCAAUGCCAAAGACAGAGAAGGAGAUACUCCAAUGCACGAUGCAGUGAGACUGAAUCGCUACAAAAUGAUCCGACUUCUGAUUAUGUAUGGAGCCAACCUAAAUGUGAAGAAUACUGAAGGGAAAACUCCCAUGGAUCUUGUUCUGCAAUGGCAAAAUGGCACCAAAGAAAUCUUCAACAGCCUAAAGGAGAACUCGUACAAGAGCUCCCCUAUAGACACGUUCUGAACUCUUUAAGACUCAAACAUCAAGAGGACUGACAACAUCCUUGUAAGUGGCACUAUUAUCAACAUGAAGGAGCAGCAACAUUACAAAGGGAACUAAACAAGUGUUUAUUUUGCUGGAUUAUGUAAAGCUGCCUUUGUUAAAAUUCAGAAAGGACAAAACAAAACAAAAAAACAACCGAGGACAAAACCAUUUUCAAAGGCACUGCUUGAGCAUUCGAAUUCUGCGGAUUUCAAGUUGCUUUAUUUAUUCCUAUUUAUAUUUUGUAUUCCAUUCCUUUCUCCUUCUCCCCUUCUUCGAUAGUGUUUCAUUGGCUGUUAUUCUCUGUUGAUCUUUUCAGCAAGUCAAGUUGGCACCACAGUUAGCAAGAGAGCUUGGGUUACUGAUGUGCUAAUCAAAAUCAGCCAGGAGCAUUAAAACUGCUUUUUAAAUUAAAAAAACUCCCAGCAGUUCAGAGCAUAUUAGUAGCUUCCUGUCAGGCGCUCUUUUCAUUCAAGAAUUUUUGGAACCAUUGCUCGGUUUCUGCUGAUUUGCUGGUGUCCUGUUAGAAGCCAAAGCUAAAGAGACAGCGGGGGAGGCAGAAAAUGUUAGCUCCAAUUAAGGAGAAUUAAUGAGGAAAUGGUUCUUCUCUUUUGUUAAAAUUCAAGAGAAGCAACAGCCAAGUCUUUCAAUCAAAUGUUGCAGGGUGGUUUGGACUAGAGAUUUCAAAACGGAAUGUUUAUGCAGGUAAGAGGAGAGUAGGGCGAAAAAGACGCAUAAGGGAACACACUGUUGUUCUCAAUGCCUGAGAAGUGGAAGGAAACAUGAGGUAUAUUUGUACAGCUCUUUGUGCACAUUUUUGUAUUAAAUCUUGUUUAAGAUUUCAAACAUC